UUUGGGAAAUGUAGCAAGAACAACAGAAGUGAGAAACCCUAAUUUAAGGGUGUGGUAUAUAAAUAUCCUCAUAAACCCUAAUCGUCGUUUUUCUCGCCUCUCUUCUCUGUUACUCUCUUUUCUUCUACUGCGGCAAACAUGUCGAAGCGAGGACGUGGAGGAAGUGCUGGAAACAAGUUCAGGAUGUCACUGGGUCUUCCAGUGGCAGCCGUUGUGAACUGUGCUGAUAACACCGGUGCGAAGAACCUGUACAUCAUUUCCGUCAAGGGAAUUAAGGGUAGGCUCAACAGGCUACCAUCAGCCUGUGUUGGUGACAUGGUCAUGGCUACUGUCAAGAAGGGAAAGCCUGAUCUCCGUAAGAAGGUCAUGCCUGCGGUUAUUGUGAGGCAACGCAAGCCAUGGCGCCGAAAGGACGGUGUCUUCAUGUACUUUGAAGAUAAUGCUGGAGUAAUUGUCAACCCCAAGGGUGAAAUGAAAGGAUCUGCUAUUACUGGUCCCAUUGGAAAGGAGUGUGCCGAUUUGUGGCCAAGGAUUGCUAGUGCUGCCAAUGCCAUUGUCUAAGAGAUGUCGUUCAGAAGUUUCCAAUUUUGUUCUGCUAUAAUUCUGAAUGUUUGUAGUUGGAUAAAUGAACAAUGCCGGUUUGGUAGGAUGUGUUAAAUCAGUUUGUGAGUUUGCAAGAUAUUUAUAGUAGAGAUUAAAUACAUUUUGUUGUUUGCAAUUUACUUAUCUGUUAAAUGUUAAUCAACCAUCUGUUUACAGACCCAUC